UUCGUUUCGUUUCUCUUCCUGGUCCUCUUCUUCUACUGCCUACUGGCCAUAAGAUCGAGUAACCUAAUAACCAAGUCUGAAGUGAUGCUACAUGCAUUUUCUUUUUUCUUCGUCUUUCAACAUGUCGUUUCGUCAUUAGAAAACAACAACUCAAUGAAUCAGUACCUCAGCAACAUCUGGAAUAGACUAGUUCUGCUAACACUAUCCUUUUAUGUAAUUGGCAGUCUGCACUACAUCGAUCCAGGAGUGAAUAGUUACAAAGUGGUGUCAGUUCUGUCACGUCUCUUCCUCUCGUGCUGUCUGCUGUGCGCUUGCGCCUUCGCACUUCACUUCCUUGUGGUCUCAAGAUAUAUUGGACCAAAAUUGAUCAUGAUUAUCACCAUUAUGCGAAAAGAUAUGCUGCCAUAUAUGGCAAUAAUCUGCGUCUUCUGGCUGAUGUUCAGCAUUUUCACAAUAUCAAUGAUCUUCAAACCCACUGGACAGGUCGGUAUUCAAGAAGGAUUAAAUAUCUACACCGUGGUUCGCACUUACUUCUUCUCCAUGUUUGGGGAAUUUAAUAUACCUAGCAAUGUCGAGUCUAUUCGUCUUUAUGAGGAAAAUUGCUUUCGAGCUGGCGACUGCACCUUUUAUGGAGCCAGAUUCAUUUUCCCCAUCAUCAUGAUGGUCUACGUGCUUUUGACUCACGUUCUUCUUCUUAAUCUUCUGAUCGCCAUGUUCACAGCACCACCGCUUCCUUUUCCAUACGUCGUUGUGUGGCCCUUCUACUCAGUUUGCCGUCUUAUUUACCGUGCCUAUCAGCGCAAGCCUCAGGCUGACACACCCUUCUGCUAUACGGUGGAUGAGAGUCAACAGCGUCAGAUCGUAAAUUGGCAAAAGUUUCGAAGUCUAGAUUACCUGCAUCGCCAUCCCAAAGCUUUCGCGCAAAUGAAGGUUCAGGCACGUGAUAUAAGGAGUGGCAAUAAGGAUUGGUGGCUAGAGUUAGAUUCAAAGACAGAAACCCAAGAGUCACAAAUUGCUGCGAUUGCUGCUAAACUGUCCACUGAAUUCAUUGAGACGCGUCUAGUGGGAUUGGAAAUGCGUCUUGCUGUCGCAAACCUUGCUUCUGCUAACGCAUCGAAUCAGGCUCCAGUAAGAUUAAUGCUUUCAGUAACUUUGAAGUGCAAACUUGAAACCAACUGGACGAAGUUACCACUUUUGUUCCUAUAUUAA